CAUUCAGUUCCAGCAUCUAGCAGCAGUUAUUUAUAUGAUCAAUUAGUCUCAUCGUUUAUUGCAAUUGCACAAUAUCGUGUCACAAAUUAUCUCUCUAGAAUAUAGAAAUGGUAACUCCAUUCCCUUCUCUUUGCCUUGUGCUACUCUUUUUGUCGAUAAGUAGCAGCUGUUAUAUUGCUGCUCCAGUCAAUGUCGCUCCUCUUGAUGGGCCUCUUCCAAAUGGAAACUUUGAAGAAGGACCAAAACGAUCAAACCUUAAGGGGAAGGUAAUCGUUGGAAAAUACUCCCUUCCCAAAUGGGUGAAAAAAGGUUUAGUACAAUAUGUAUCCGGUGGACCUCAACCAGGUGGGUUUUACUUCGCAGUUCCUCGUGGCGUACACGCGAUAAGGCUAGGAAAUCAUGCCUCUAUAUCCCAAUAUUUAAGAGUGGAGAAGGGAUCAUACUACUCUCUUACUUUUAGUGCAACAAAGACUUGUGUGGAAGAUGAGAUUUUGGAAGUAUCAGCUUCUAAAGAGACGGUUGAUUUACCAAUUCAAACAAUGUAUAGUAGCAAUGGAGGGGAUACCUAUGCUUGGGCCUUUCAAGCUACUUCUAAUAUUGUUAAGGUUACUUUCUAUAACCCUAACAUUCAAGAAGAUCGCACUUGUGGACCACUCUUAGAUGCCAUUGCCAUCAAGAAGAUGUUGCCUCUCCCCAAACCAAUAGGAAACCUUGUUAAAAACGGAGACUUUGAAAUAGGUCCUCAUGUAUUCGAGUAUUUCUCAACUGGGGUGCUUUUACCUCCACAUUCAAUGGACGUUGUUUCUCCACUUCCUGGUUGGAUCGUUGAAUCGCUUAAACCAGUAAAAUACGUUGAUUCGGCACAUUUCGCCGUACCUUCAGGAUCCUUUGCUGUUGAGUUAGUUGGAGGUAGAGAAAGUGCCAUAGCUCAAAUCAUAAGAACAAAACCUAACAAAUCCUACCUUAUGACCUUCAACAUCGGAGAUGCCGAAAAUGGUUGCCAUGGAUCAAUGGUUGUGGAAGCAUUUGCUGCUAUGGAAAAUGUUAAAGUUCACCAUGAGUCUGAUGGAAAGGGUGGUUUUACGCAUGCAAGUCUUAAGUUUCAGGCUAUCUCUGAUCGUACUAGAAUAACAUUUUGGAGUGCACAUUAUCACACUAAUGUUGAGGAUUUUGGGCACAUGUGUGGUCCUAUCUUGGAUGAUGUUACUGUUGUACCUCUUUAAUGAUUCAAUAUAGCAUGAUUGGUAUGUAGGUGGUGAUAUUAAAUAUGACUAUGAAAAACUAGAUCAGACUCAAAAAAUUAUGAAAGACUGGCUAGAUUUACAUUUUUAAUUUUCGAAAAAUCCAUUGUAGGCUACUCUAUUUUUUAUAGUCAUAAAUAAUAUAUCAUCAUAGAAAUAUAUACUUAUAUUAUAUAUAAUUUUGGAUGUACUAGACGGUUAUAUAAUUUAUAUCGUCUUAGGAAAGCUAUAUGUAAUAAAUUGAUCUUGAAAUUA